GGGUACUGAGCGGCGUGAGGGGGCAAAUAUCAGGGUGUGCGGGGCAGGAAUGCUUCGGGGGUGCAGGGAGGCUGCAAGUGCAAGGGCAGCGCUUUGUGAAUAUCCCAGGGGCACCAGGGGGCAAUGACACCCAGGAUGGGGCAGGUGGUGCAACCUUGGCUGAUAAUGCCCCCACAGUGCCCACCCAGCUCCCUGGUUUUGGGGGCAGAAUGAUAGGAAGAAGGUCCCUGUCACCCCUGGACAGGGUCAGCCAAUUGGUGUCCCCUGAGUUUGUCUCGCAGGAGGUCAUGGACUUGAGGAAUGGCCCCCAUGAGUGGAAUUGCCCCCAGGACCCCCGUCCCCUGGCACCCCCAUCCAGUCAGAGGGAGGACUGCGAUGUUCAGCCUCCAGCGGGGGAGGAAGGUGUCCCUCCGGACCCCCAGGGUGAGCCCUUUAAACCUGGAGAUCUUAUCAUUGCCGAGUUCAAGAGAAGACAUUACACAGAAUUCAAGAACAUGGUCCUCCUGACGGAGUCCGGCAAGCUGUUAAGUAACUGGGGCGCCGUCCCCCACGCGGACAUCGUGGGCAAGCUGCCCGGCCAGCGAUUCAGGACUUCCGCAGGGGUGGAGUUCCUUAUCAGAAGACCUUCCCUAGAGGAAUAUAUUUUAUUGAUGAAGAGGGGACCCACCAUCUCCUACCCAAAGGAUAUCGCAGCGAUGCUCCUGAUGAUGGAUGUCGGCUCGGGGGAUGUUGUGUUGGAAGCCGGCUCGGGGUCCGGAGGAAUGAGUCUGUUCCUAUCGCGGGCAGUGGGGCCGGAGGGCCGGGUCUAUAGCUUCGAGGUGCGCGCGGACCACCACAAAGUGGCAAAGAAGAAUUUCCUGCGCUGGAGGACGGCGUGGGAACGACGCGGCAGACGGCCCUGGCCGGACAACGUCCGCUUCAUCAACAAGGACAUAGCGGACGCUUCUCCGGAACUGGAAUCCGUGACGUUUGACGCGGUGGCUUUGGACAUGCUGAACCCCCAGGUGGCGUUACCCACCCUGCUGCCCCACCUGAAGCAGGGCGCUGUCUGCGCUGUAUAUUUAGCAAACAUCACGCAGGUCAUCGAUCUCCUGGAGGGGAUUCGCUCGUGUCGGCUGCCCAUGGUGUGCGAGAAGAUAUCGGAGGUCUCGCUGAAGGACUGGCUGGUAGCCCCCUCUGUGCGGAAGGACGGCUCUCCGUCCCAACGAGUGGACCCUGAGUGCAGUGUAGAGCCUCAGCAGUCGGAACGAGCUGAGGAUGAUGAGAGUGACGGCGAUGACGGAGCUAAACCUUUACAGACCGAGCCUCAUCCUGCAGAGAGAGUUAAGCCUUUCGGACAAGUCCCUUAUAUUGCGCGGCCGAUGCCAUGGCUGCCCGGUCACACAGCUUUUCUUGUGCAGCUGAGGAAGUUUAAACCAGCCGGUAAACGCAGCCAAGCAGAGGAUCCGAGUUAGACCCUCUCCGCUUACAAAUAAAUGGUUCCGUGUACAUACAGCUUUCUCCGUUUUACAACAUAUGUGGUUAUUUUUUAUUCUGUACAUUGAUUUAAUAACUUAAUAUAAUAAAUACAUGUUCUGGUAUAACGUGGAA